UUCUCAAUCAAUUCUUCGUUUCUGUGUAGCUACUUUCGUCUGUGCAUAUCCGCUGUAUUUACGUUUCUGUUCGCUAUUCUGUCUCUGUUGAUACUGCUCUACUGCUACUCCUUGGGCACAUAGCGAUUUUAACUUAAAACUUUUUAAUUGUUUAUUGACUGUAGAUGAGAUUGCCAUGUAAGACCUUCCGUCACUUGCUAGCUAUGAAAACUUGAUUACUGAGGAAAGAAUGUGAUGGUAAGACACUGCUAGCCUGGCUCGGCAGACUUUAUGCCUGGUGCGAAAUGAGUUGAUAUGCUGUAAAGUUUGGUUUUUUAGUUUCUCGUUUAACUAAGCUCUGUUUUGAUCAUCUCGUGCGGUGGUCACUGUCAGAAAGGCUUGAAGUGACGAGCUAAUCCAAUUUCUCGCUCAAUACUUAUCACGUAGUUUGUCUGAUGUCACUUUUGUGACAUGUAAUAUUAAGAUAAUGAUAUGUGAUGGUGGGCAUAGAUCAAAUCAAAAUUAAAAAAAUUAGAAAAUUAUGAGAGGAAACAUCUUUCGAUUUUAAUCACAAUUCACCAUUGUAUUUCAAUCGUACCCAAAUUUUGUUCACAAUUUUAUUUUCUUUAUUCUAUUCAUAUUCUUUUAUUCUUUCAACUAUUAUUAAACUAUCAAACGUUCAUUAAAUAAAGAGGUAUAAAUAAGAAAGGGAGAAGCGCUGAAAAAUUCAUCAUGGUAUCUGACAAAAACCAAAGCGUUAAGAGGAAGACCAUUGAUGACAACCCCGGUGCACCUCCAAAGAAAGGACACUGGGCUCUGGGACUGAAAGAUGCAGUCAAGGAUCCUGAUAUGAGGGUGUUUCGAGACGACCUUAUCGUCAUCAUCAAGGACAAGUAUCCCAAGGCGCGCCAUCACUACCUGGUGCUGCCGCACGAGAGCCUCGCUAGCCUGAAGAACGUCAAGUCGGAGCACUUGAGCCUCCUGCAACACAUCGACGCUGAAGCCAGGAAAUUCACGGCUGCCACACAUCCCGGUGUUGUCUUCAGGUUCGGGUACCACGCUAUCCCUAGCAUGGCUCAAGUUCACAUGCACGCCAUAAGCGACGACUUUGAUUCGCCUUGCCUCAAGACCAAGAAGCAUUGGAACUCCUUCACUACCGACUACUUCAUCGAUAGCCAAGAGAUUUUGAACAAGCUGGCCGCUCAUGGCCGCAUUUCUGAAAUUUCUUCUUCUGAGGGCAAACGGUUGCUGGACUCGAAACUUCGCUGCCACAAAUGCGACGUUGAGCCGCCAAACAUCCCCAAACUCAAGCUCCACAUACGAACACACUUGACUGAAAAACCUUAAAAAAGUUUCGAAUUAAAA